AUGCUCGGGCUCGCACGUGAGCUCUUCGUCGCUCCGGCACCCACAUUGGUAUGGUUCGUCGAUCUCUCUUCACAGUGCGACGAAGCUAGCAUCUCCACCUUGACGGGCACUGCGCCAGUCCCUAUGCGUUCCUGCGUUUCCGCGGGACUUGUACCCCUGGUUGCCGGUCCAUCAAACUCUCACCUAGCUCAAGUUCGGCCCUGGGCCUUAUUGCGAGCUGCGUGGUCAUCUCGGCUCGCUGCCGGCUACAGUCUGACCAGGCGUGUACGUACAAUACUAGCCUAG